GGUUCUUGGCAGCAAGCGGCGAGCAGCGCGAUCACGCGUCCGUGCAGCUGCACCAUAUAUUCAUUUAUACAUACUUGUAUGCAUACAUAAGUAUACAUGUAUAUUGAAGCUCACUAUAUCAGUAGCGCGAUCUUAUCAAAAAGUGGUUUCUUUAACGAUUAAAUGCAAAGGCAAAUUUAAUGCACAUUCGCACACAUACUCGUACACAUGUAUUUAGAAUACAUAUGUAUGUACAUACCAACAUAUGCUAAAUUAAUUUUCGAUUAGAUUUCGAAGCAGUCUAUUAUCGCCCAUUGAUAAGCGCGCGCUUUUCGCCGCCGUCAAACUGAAGCCUUUGAGUGAAUUUCGGUAGUGCAUACAUACAUGUGAGAAUGUUUUGCGCCCUUACAUAUGUAUGAACAUAUGUUCGUGCAAUAUACAAAUUUGUUUUAUGCAGUAAACACUCUUUACAAUCAAAUAGAAUGGAGAAUACAAUUGAGUUGUAGCGAUUGUACGUCGACACGGCGUAGUGCUCGCCGCCCCAGUACAAUUUCGGCGCUGAAACGGUACGGAUACGAGUAACGGAAGUGCAGUGAAAUUCGUUUUUUUAUGAUCGACUAAUUAUUCGUUGUGCUCAUUUAUCAUACAAAAUUAAGCGCUAAAUCCGCAAAUUGUAGUGAUUAAUUAUAUUUUAUAGUACUUGCUUGCUAAGUUUGUGGAAAAAAUAAAACGAAAUUAAAAAUGUCAGUCAAAGCGCCAACACCCACCAAAAGUCAGAUCGACGAGCUGCGAAAUUUAUUCAACGAAAAAUACGAGCAAAGUCCACCCGCAGUACCCUUCCAUUACCGGGAUCUCGAACGGAUACGCGAUGGAGAUAAGUGGCUAACACGAUUCCUCGAGAUGUACGAUUUGAACACGCAGACAUCAAUUGAAAAGCUUUGGGAAACUUGUAUAUGGCGGCAACAGUUCGGCACAAAUGAACUAAACGAAAAUAAUUUGGUUAAGGAAUACUUACACGAUGGAGUAGUAUUUGCACACAACAAAGACGUGGAUGGCAAGGCGUUGCUCAUAUUCCGAACCAAGCUACAUGUAAAAGGCACAAAGAAUAUGGAUGAAGUUAUUCGCGUUGUGGUCUAUUGGAUCGAGCGAAUACACCGCGAAACGGAUUUGGACCAAAUGACAAUUUUCUUCGACAUGGCCGGCACCGGCGUAACCAACAUGGAUAUGGAGUUUGUCAAACGCAUCAUCGAAACAUUCAAACUAUAUUAUCCGAAUGCGCUGAAUUAUAUAUUGAUUUUCGAAAUGGCUUGGGUGCUAAAUGCGGCUUUCAAAAUCAUAAAGGGUUUUCUGCCAGCCAAAGCGCUGGAAAUACUCAAAAUGAUAUCGAAGAAGGACAUAAAUCAGUACAUCGACAAAGCGAAUUGCCUUGCCAGUUGGGGUGGCAAUGACCUGUACGAAUUCAAAUUUGUGCCUGAACAGUUGAAGCGGCCUACUACAUUGACUGUGAAAAGUAAUGGAGCGCUGCCAAGCGAGCCAACCAGCCCCGAUUCGCCGAAUGAAAAGAAGGUACAUUUUGCCAACAACAACCGGAUGUACGCGGGAUCUGAAAUGCCGGAGUGCGAGCGAGGCUAUCAAACCUUGGACCCAAUGAGCACAAUGCUGCGAAUUUCUCCAAACGAUAAUAUAUACUUCAAUCGUGGCGAAAAUAGCGAGAGCAUAAUAGAACUCACAUGCAUCGGAAAACAGGCUAUAACUUAUAAGAUUCAAACAACUUCGCCAGAAAAAUUUCGAGUGCGUCCACGUUGUGGCUAUUUAGCGCCGUCUGAGACGGUUUCGGUGAACCUUAUGUUGAAGCAGGACUAUCAUUUGGGUGAGUCGCCGAAGGAUAAAUUUCUCGUCAUGUGUAUGCCAGCACCUGUGGGUAUAGAGCCGUCGCAGCAAAGUAUGAGUGAAGCUUGGAAAAUGAAACCUCAAAAUGGCAAUGAUGUGGAGCAACAUCGCCUAACCUGCAACUAUAGAAGCAGUGCAAGUGCAGCAAGUACACCGGGUACUUGCGCCUGUGGAAAAAUUACCGUGUUCAACGGUGGUCCGGAUGAGGGUUUUUCAUCCACGAAGAGUACCAACACUUCGGAUCUGUCAACACAAGCUAAACACCUGGAGAGUCAAUUGAGAUUUACACAAAUUUUACAAUGUAUUACGCUAGUAUUUUUACUGGGACUCUGUGUCGCGGUUGUUUAUCUACUGAAGACACAACUAAAUCACCUGCCCGGCUGCAUCGGUGAUGAAGAAUGUAGUGUUUCAGCCAAUUGUCAAAGCCGAAAUCUAUAAUAUUUACUUUCAAAAUGCAAUUUGACCAAGCAGCACCUACUGGUACCCACUGCCGCGGAGAAGCUACGUAGACGAGGCCAUGGUGGUAGCAGUGGCGAGCAGACAACUGCUUGUGACUGCAAUACAGCAGCUGAUGGCGACAUUGACUGCGGUGAUUUUGUCAUCGAUGACGAUGCCAUCGAUUAUGACGAAGCUGCUUUUGAUAAGGGCGGUGUGGCUGGUGGUGGCUACCUGCUUGGUCUAAUCGCAUUUGCACGUAAAUUUGCGCGUAUCAUAAUUACAAUUUCGAUGCUCUUCUGUAUUAUAUUCAUCUCGUUCUAUUGCUGCUCCGAGUCGAGGACAACAAUUACUGCUUUAGCGCCGCCAAUGACACCUCCAGCAACAACCAUUGAGGUCCAUAUGAGAACACACGCGCAGCAAGCACACAGAAGUUGGCCAACAAAUUGAUGUAAUAACGAACGAGCUCAACCUUUUUGAAUAUAUAUUUCUAUAUAAUGCACUAACUUAAAUAUUUAACGCGGCAAUAUAAAAAUGUCUAUGUAUGUUAAGUGUAGUACGUGGAAAGAUUUUAUAAAUGCCGUCAAAAUGUGUGCAAAACUGACAUGCGUAUGUAAACAUUACAUAUGUGUGUAUUUAGUAUUGUGCCACAAACAGAAAAGUCAUCGAGGGGUAGGUCUUUUGCAUUUCAAUAUAAAGUGGAGCGAAAUCAUGCACAAAUAUUUUAAAUUAAAUAAUAUUAAAAUUUGUAAAAUUCUUUAGAUUAUUUUAUGUCCCCAGACAAUAGACUAAUGUAUAACUUAGUUUCAUGUUUAACGUGUACCAACAUGCGUUCACCCUUCCAAACAACGCAAAGGAUUGCUAUUUUAAAUCUAAUUAUAGAAAAUCCAAAAUACCGGCAGCCAAUUUUAUAUACACACGUUCAUAUAUAUAAUAUAUACACAUAUUAACUGCUGGAAUUACUCAUAUUAUUGACUAUUUAAUAACUAUACAUAACAUUGUACAUACAAAAUGCCAAUAUAUACAAAAUUUUAUAAAUACAUACAUACAUACAUAUAAAUGAACAUUUUGCAUAAAAUCGAACUUGUCACACCACUAUGGUUUAUAACACUACACAUGUAUGUACAUACAUACCCAUAAACGUUUUUUAGGGGGUUUAUUUUGCGAAAUUCUCCAGCUGUGGAGACAAACAACAACAAUGAAGAAGCCAAAUGAAGAGUAAAUCGAAAAAAUAAGCUAAAAUAAAUGCAAUCUUUACAAAUGUGAAACAAACAUAUUAA